AUGACCGAUGAUAUUAACAUGAGAUUUGUUACAGCUUUGAGAGACAUCGAUUCAGAUAAACGCAAGAAACUUGCUUUGCAACAAGCUUGGAAGACAUAUAGUCAUACAACAAAUCCGGAGUCAUCAUUCAGUUUUAUUGCACAGAUGGCAGAAUGUACAACUGCAGAAGUAAGGCAAUAUUUUAUAGGACAGCGGCGUUCUAUUAAUGUGGAACAGCCACCUUCUCCUGCUUCAACUUUAUCACCACCUCCAAGUACGUCAAGCGAUCUUACAGAGCUUUCUGAAAAUUUUACUUCGGCAGCAACACCGGAUGGACUGUCUCACACUGAUUUACAACAGUCACAAACUAAUGAAGAAAGCAUUCCAGAUACUUCAAUAAAAGAAAAUCGAAAGCCGAAACGGCGGCGUAAUUUAAAAGAUAAUUCACCACCACAAGCUAUAAUUAUGCAAGAGAGACCGAAACGAAAAGGGAAACCUAAACGUAAAUCGCUUGCGUCAAGUGACAAUGAUGAAACACCAAGUACUAAACGUCAUAAAAGUAAAUCAAGAAAGUUCGUACUGAUAACUGAGCCGCAGUAUCCUCGUGAAGUUCCGGGAGUCCAGCAUAUGCAAACUAGACGGUGUAUGAAUGCUGCGUACGGUGAAUUUGAGCGUUGUGCAUCGUGCUUGGCAAAGAAAACAGACACAUGCAGAUUUAUAAAUUUUCGAAUUUUUGGAACCAAGAAAGGCUCUGAAGGAGAUGAACUUGUUUAUGGACCGAAAUUCCAAUCUGUCACUACCCCAGAUCCACGUGAUAAUUAUGAUUUUAAAGAAACAACAGACGAGCAACGAGGUUACAUUCUUGAUAUGAUUGCCCCAACAUUUAGAAAGAUUCUUAAAAAAGAAAUUUCUCACUUUGAGUAUGCAAACCUUCGCAAAAUUCCUAACAGGGAGAUAUGUCAAUUAUGUGAUAGCUGUGAGACUACUAUAUUUAGCGGGUAUUGGAUGUGUUGUGUUUGUGGUAAAGAACUUUGUUUAUCUUGCUAUGAUGAAUGGGAUGAUGGCAAAAAAUCAAAGACCAUCACGUGUAGCUUCAGGCGGCCUCAUAAUAAAGAACAAAUGGUCCCUAUAUAUCAUUACAAUAAGGAUAUAAUACAACGCAUUUUAAAUGAAACUGAGCAAAGAAUGAUUGAGAAUGGGGAUAGCAUGGACAUUGACGAAUUUAGUGAUAAUGAAUUACCUGAUGAUUUACCUAUUUUGGAACCUCCCCAAAUGCCAGAAGGUAAUAUUUCAGGUACACAACCUAAUACUAAAUUAGAAUCACAAACCGUAAUAACAGAUUUUGAAUAUGCAUCUCAUAUAGAAUCUCAGCAAGAGUCUCAGCAAGAAUCACAGAAAGAAUCUCAUGAAGUAUCUCGACAAGAAUCUCAGCAGGAAUCUCAGAAAGAAUCUCAGCAAGAAUCUCAACAAGAAUCUCAACAAGAAUUUCAACAAGAAUCUCAACAAGAAUCUCAACAAGAAUCUAAACAAGAAUCUCAACAAGAAUCUAAACAAGAAUCUCAACAAGAAUUUAAACAAGAAUCUAAACAAGAAUCUAAACAAGAAUCUCAACAAGAAACUCAGCAAGAACCUAUCUCUAAGAUUGAACCAUUUGAUUCUACGAUCCCUCAACCGAUGGAGAUGGAUGCCAUGCCAAAGUUACCACCAACUACCAUCCGUCCACACGAUCGUCCUCAACAGCCACACGAUAAUCAUCAAAAAGUAGAAUGGAGGGAAGAUGAGCUUUCGGAAGAAAUUUUCAAAGAUUUUUGGAAAAAAGGAUAUCCAUUUUUACUAAAGGAAACAUCUACGCAACUAACGAAUCAACUAUGGACACCCGAAUAUUUUAAAACAAAAUACGGUGAAAUAAAAUGUGAAUGUGUGGAUUGUAGGUCUGGCUGGAUUCACGCAAUGGAUGUACAAAAAUUCUUUGAUGGUUUUGAGAAUAUCAACACUCGUUUCAGUUUCAGAGGAAAAUAUCCGUGCUUAAAGCUAAAGGACUGGCCAUCGACGGACGAUUUUGCUAAUGUAUUCCCUGAUCAUUUUCAAGACUUUAUGAAUGCAUUGCCAUUUAAGGAGUAUACUACUCGUCAAGGUGUUUUAAAUUUAGCUAAUAGAUUACCGUCAGACAUAAAUCGCCCUGAUCUUGGGCCCAAAAUGUAUAAUGCUUACGGUUCUGAAGACGCUGAUGGUGGAAAUGGUACAACAAAUCUUCAUUUAGAUAUGACAGAUGCUGUAAACAUGAUGGCUUAUGCACCAAAUGUCGAAAAUCGACUUGAAAACGAACAACUCAAGCCAUCUGCAGCUGUCUGGGACAUUUAUCAUAUUUCGGAUCUACCACGCAUUCGUAGAUUCUUACGUAAAGUCGCUAAUGAAAGAGGCUUAAUAAUUGAUAAUCCUAUUCACGAUCAAUGUUUUUAUCUGGAUUCAACUUUGCGUGAUCGUCUUUUGCAAGAAGAAGGUGUUAGUGGUUGGAGAAUUUACCAGAAUCCUGGUGACGUAGUGUUCGUCCCCGCCGGGUGCGCUCAUCAAGUGUGUAAUUAUACAAGUUGCAUAAAAGUUGCUGUCGAUUUUGUAUCACCAGAAGGCGUAGGACGAAGUCUUACCGUCAGUAAGCAAUUUCGCAAAUUGUCUAGAGCUCAUAAGAGAAAGAAAGAUAUUUUGCAACUUCCUGUUAUUCUUUAUCAUUCCUGGACGACUUCAUCUAAAUAA